CACCAGUUGGCCCCACUGCCUUUCAGCGAAGCCAUCGGAGAAAUAACUUCAGACGACAACACCAGCACCGUCAGAGAUGAUUCCUCCACAGAUGGAAAGUGCCUGAGGCGAUACCGAUGGCUUUCACUGGCAGCAGCCUCCGCAUUCAGGGGGACGACAACCUGGGCUCCAUGCUGGUUGGCACGGUGAUGAGGAAGGUCAAGUCGCGCACCUGGAAGAAGCAGCGGUACUUCAAGCUGCAGGAGGACUGCAUGACCAUCUGGUACAAGUCCAAGAAGGCCGGCAAGCCGCACUCCACGUUCUCGGUGGGAGACCUGGAGGGGGUCCGCGAAGGCCACCAGUCGGAGGUGCUGCUGAGCCUGGCCGACGAGUUCCCCCCCGACCGCUGCUUCACGCUGGUGUUCCGGGGUCGCCGCGGUAACCUGGACCUGGUGGCGGACUCGGCGGACGAGGCGCGGUCCUGGGUGCGUGGCACCAGGAAGCUCAUGGAGAGCCUGGAGAGCAUGGGGGAGCGGGAGAGGCUGGACCAGUGGAUCGGGGACUGGUUCAAGAAGGCAGACAAGAACAAGGAUGGACGCAUGAACUUCAAGGAGACCCAGGACCUGCUGAGGAUGAUGAACGUGGACAUGAACGAGCAGCACUGCCACAGCCUGUUCACGAUGGCGGACCGGUCCCAGACGGGCACGCUCUUGGACGAGGAGUUUGUGCUCUUCUACAAGAUGCUGACCAAGCGCGACGACGUGAUGCGCGUCUUCCAGGAUUUCUCGGGCGACGGCCAGAAGCUGUCGGCGGCGGACCUGGAGGACUUCCUGCGCGAGGAGCAGCUGGAGGCGGAGGAUGCCGCGGGCCACGCCGCGCGGAUCAUAGAGACGUACGAGCCCUCGGACGCAGCCAAGCAGCUCAACGCCAUGACCUUUGACGGCUUCCUGAUGUACCUGGGCUCGGCGGAGGGCUCCAUCCAGGACCCCCGGUGGCGCGGUCUCUUCCAGGACCUGGACCAGCCGCUCUGCCAUUACUUCAUCUCCUCCUCGCACAACACCUACCUGAUGGAGGACCAGCUCCGGGGCCAGAGUAGCGUGGAGGGCUACAUCAGGGCCCUGACGCGGGGCUGCCGCUGCGUGGAGGUGGACUGCUGGGACGGGCCAAACGGAGAGCCCAUCGUGUACCAUGGCCACACCUUCACCUCCAAGAUCCUCUUCAGGGACGUGGUCCAGGCCGUGGACAAGUACGCCUUCAAGGCCUCGGACUACCCGGUGAUCCUGUCCAUAGAGAACCACUGCAGCGUGGAGCAGCAGAGGACCAUGGCCCAGCACCUCAACCACAUCCUGGGGGACGCCCUGCUGCGGAGCCCCCUGGAGGGAAAGGGCCUGACGGGGCUCCCCUCCCCCGAGGAGCUGAAGGGGAAGAUUCUGCUGAAGGCCAAGAAGAUCGGGGGUCUGGAGGAGAGGGUCGGAGGUCUCACUGAGGACCCCCUCACCGGCGAGGUCAGCGACGAGGACGAGGCAGCCGAGAUCGACGACGAGCACUCCCACCGCGAGACGUUCCGCCGAAAGACCAAGAAGUCCAAGCAGCAUCUUUCCAAGGAGCUGUCUGACUGCGUGGUCUACUGCAAGAGCGUCCACUUCAGCGGCUUCAAGCACAGCCGCCUGCACCAGAAGUUCUACGAGGUGUCCUCCUUCACAGAGUCCAAGGCCCGCAAGCAACUCAGAGACGCCGGCGGGGAGUUCGUGCUUCACAACUCUCGGCUGCUGAGCCGCGUUUACCCCAGCGGCUUCCGGACUGACUCCUCCAACUUCAGCCCCCAGGAGAUGUGGAACGCAGGAUGCCAGAUAGUGGCGCUGAACUUCCAGACGGCGGGCGAGGCCAUGGACCUCAACGACGGCCUGUUCCGGCAGAACGGGGGCUGCGGGUACAUCCUCAAGCCCAGCUUCAUGAGGCAGCCUGGGGGGGGCUUUAACCCCGAGGCCCCCCAGAACCGGGACUCCUACCUGCCCCAGGUGCUGCACAUCCAGGUGAUCAGCGGGCAGCAGCUGCCCAAGGUGAACAUCAAGGAGGGGUCCAUCGUGGACCCCCUGGUGAGAGUGGAGAUCCACGGGGUCCCACUGGACCAGGGCAAGCAGGAGACCCGCUACAUCGAGAACAACGGCUUCAACCCGGUGUGGUACGACACUCUGCGGUUCACCAUCCACACCCCCGAGCUGGCCCUGGUCCGCUUCGUAGUGGAGGACUACGACAAGACCUCCAGGAACGACUUUGUGGGCCAGUACACACUGCCCUUCUGCAGCCUCCAGCAGGGUUACCGGCACAUUCAUCUGCUGUCUCGAGACGGGACGAGGAUCCCCCCUGCCUCCCUGUUCGUGCACGUCAGGAUCACGGAGCUGGCAUGAACGCCUCACGGCGGCCAUGUUGGCUCCAUCCAUCCAGAAAGUUCAGGAAGGCGGGGCACAGUCAGACAACACAUAUUUCGAGACACACAAUGAAGCCACACAAGGAAAACAUACAAUCCAACAUCACACACAUACACAUCGAUCUGUACGAGUUUUCUGAAUUUUAAUUUAAGGCCGCUUCGGGCUAAUUUCGGAACAAUCGGGGUAUCCUCCUCCCUGAUUGGUUGGGGGAGUCGAUGUUUCCUGUCAAUCACAGGGGCAACACUUCUCAUUGGUGAGGAACACAGGGAGAGCAAGAGCAGAACAUUUUUUGUUUAGUUUCAAAAUCUUCUCCUCUUUUCUGCUGUCUCUCUCUCUUUCCAUACAUUAGUUAGUUUAAUUGAAUAGUUAUUGGAGAACCUAACUUUAAUCUAUGUAUAUUUAUACAUUAUACGUUAAAAUACAACCAACAUUUUCCUCAGCUACCAAGUUAUUGUGUUCUUACAAUACAGUAUUUUUACAGUAUUGUACUGUAAUAUUGAAACAGUUAAAAUAAUAUAGGUUUCAAUAUUUGACGAUCAUAUUAACAUUAAUAUAACACAAUUCUGAAGUGUGUAGAGAGUGUGUUAUGAGGCGUAGUUCAGUACUGUAUAGAAACAGUAUUUUUCCCAGAAACAAUAACAGUAUUGAGUGUUGCUUGAGUUGAUGUGAAGACAUACUUAGCCAAAUGCAUUAUUUUUGUUUAUUUAUCGUUUAGAGGCACAAAUUGGAGAUAUAGCAGAUAAUGGUGUGUUUAUAUUUUUGUUCGUAUUUCCUUAUAGCAAGAAAAUUUGUGCGAACCAUCGAAAUGUACUUUUAUGAAAUAUUUUCUAUUCGCAUUGAUUGUGAGUAGUGAGGGACGUUCUAAUAGAAGAGGCAUGUGCACUAUAGAUUGUCGUUGUUUUUGCUUCAUAACCAAAAGUGUGUCGUACAAUUGUCGAGUUUUAUCGGAGCGCUGUAAAUGCGUUUUACCUAGCUAGUUAUUUCUUAUUUUUCGUUUUGUGUCAUACGAUUACAUGAUCAUAAGAAUGUGCCACCAUCAUCUUUCCAUCACACUUUCGAAAUUAUGCUCAGUAUUUUUUCCGUAACCAGACCGUAGCACUUAACAGGAGGCUAGAUCACAGAUUCAAAUUAGCAUGGUAAAAAAAAUAAAAAACGCAAAAAGAUAAAAAAAACGGACAGGCCUAUUGUGGAUAUAUGUUGAAAAUGUAACAGCAUGGUUUCCUGUAUGUAUCUUUUAAGCGACCCCUAAGUAUAUAUUUAUGCCUAUAUCUACAGUUUAUGGAUAUAUAUCUGUGCUCCGACAUAAGAGCUUCUUAUGUGAAUGCGAUGAGUCGUAUGGUGAUCUAUUUUCAGAAUUAUCGUGUUUUAUAAACAUAUAACGUGUUUGUCAUCGCGUCCGGCUUGUAAAUGCUUCCUGCUUGUGUACAUUUUGUGUUAAGAAGAAGAAGCAGACUAUUUUUGUAAGGGCCUGUAUCGAUUCGUAUCGUUUAUAGA